UUUUUUCAUUUCAGUUGGAAUUAAUGACGUCAAAUAUGGGCGAUGCCCUUGCCAUUGGUAUCGAUCUAGGAACAACGUACUCUUGUGUUGGAGUAUACAAGAGUAACACAGUGGAUAUAAUCUUCAACGAUUGGGGUAACAGAACGACACCCUCAUACGUUGCCUUCACAGAAACAGAUCGUCUGAUUGGAGACCCUGCCAAGAAGGAAGCCGUCAAAAACUAUGCAAACACUAUAUUUGAUGUCAAGAGGCUAAUUGGCCGAACUUAUGAUGAACCCUCAGUUCAGAAUGACAUAAAGCAUUGGCCCUUCAAAGUCUUCAAUGCAAAGGGAAAACCUAUGAUUAGGGUAUCUUACAAGGGGGAAAAAAAGGAAUACCAUCCACAGCAGAUCAGCUCCAUGGUGCUGGUCAAAAUGAAGGAAAUUGCGGAAAACUUUCUUGGGCACGAGGUUAAAGACGCUGUUGUGACAGUACCUGCUUACUUCAAUGACUCCCAGCGCCAGGCUACCAUAAAUGCUGCAGAAAUUGCUGAAUUGAACGUACUACGCAUCAUCAAUGAGCCCACUGCUGCUGCCAUUGCAUAUGGUCUCAAGAAUAAAAUGAAGGGAAAGCGUCAAAUACUGGUUUACGAUCUCGGUGGCGGUACAUUUGAUGUGUCAAUCCUAACCAUUGAGGAUGAGGUAUACAAAGUGAAGGCGGUCGGUGGAAAUUCUCACCUGGGAGGUAAAGACUUCGAUAAUCGCAUGGUCGACUAUAUUGCCAAGAUGAAGACGGCAUUCAGAGAGUUAACUGGAUGUGCUGGGAUCGGUGGUGUAGUAGAAGCAUCGCUGACUGCCAAGCAGAAGAUCCGGGUUCAAUUCCUGGGCUUCCUUUUGGCUUUUAUUGCCUUCCAUGUC